AUGAUAUUUUUGCAGUUAUAAAUAAAGAUUUUAAUAUGGGGGUUUUCAUACAACAUUUAAAUUCUUUUUACCCAUCGAUUAAAUUUACAUAUGAACAAGAAAUAGAGGGAAAAUUGCCUUUUUUGGAUUUAUUAGUUAAAAGAACAGAGGGGGAACUAAAUUUUGAAAUUUAUCGGAAAAACACACACACGUUCAGAUACAUUCCGAACACAUCGAACCACACCUGGCAACACAAAUUGUCAGCUUUUAAUAGUAUGGUUUACAGAUUAAUUAAUAUUCCGAUGAAUAAAAUAGAUUAUGAUAAAGAAUUGGUGGUUAUAAAAGAAAUAGCUAAAUUUAAUGGGUAUAACGAAAACAUAAUUUUGAAAUUAGUCCGAAAACAAAAGUGGAAAAAAGAAAGGAGGGCAGCUAGUACACUCUCCAGCGAGGGGGAACAAAAAGUAAUUAGAUCACCAAUUUUAUUUUAUCCGGGCAUCUCAAAUGGAUUAACUAAAAUAUUUAAGAAUUUUGGUAUUACUUUGGUAACAUCUAAGAGUAAUAAUUUAAGAGAUUUAUUAGGUAACCCUAAAGAUAAGGUAGAUGAAGGGGGGAAAUCAGGCAUUUAUAAAAUACAAUGUGAAAGUUGUAAUAAAUGUUACGUAGGACAAACAAAAAGAAAUAUAGGGGUCAGGUUUAAAGAGCACUUAAGAAAUAUUAAAAAUCAAGAAGUUGAGAAAUCUCCAGUGGCUGAACAUUUAUUGACACAUAAUCACUCCAUUAAAACCAUAAAACUAAUUAAAAACGUAAAUAAUUACAAAGAACUUAAUAUCAGAGAAGCAAUAGAAAUGUUUAAAAAUAAAAACAAUUUAAUUAAUUGGGAUCUUGGCCCACUGAAAAAUUCAUUAUUAAACUUGUGUAAACUGGCAAAAUGUGAUAAUAUUACUUAGUGAUGACGUCACUAGGUGAUAAGGUCACUAGGGGUAUAUAACGGAGUUUUUUUCUAGUCGGGGUGUCAGUAUGUGUUUAGCGUUGAUAAUGGUAACAUUGUUUCCGAAAUACGUAUCCGCGACUUUUCAUUAAUUUUUUGUGGCUUUGAGUUUAAUAUUUUUUAGUUUUUUAAAUUAAUAAUAUUUUUAAUAUAGUUUUAAUUUUACUUA